UCUCUACACCAAAGUUAAACAUUCUGAAGAAGCUAAGGAGCUCCUUCCCCUUCAUGCAAUCUUGCAUAGUGGCUUCAACCUGGAGACAAUGCAACCUUCACACACAACAAUUGGGUUUCCUCUGCAUCCACUCUUCUCUCCCACCUUAACUUCAUCUAUAUAUACCAAACACAUGAACCCAGAAAAAUAACACAAGAGCCUUGUCAUCAUCAUGGUUUUCUCUUAUUCAUGCAACGACCACGCACCCGAGAUUGUUUUCUUUGAUUUGGAAACUACAGUGCCCAAAAGAGUCGGAGAUCGUUUCUGGGUGCUGGAGUUUGGUGCUAUUGUUGUUACUCCUCACAAACUCAACGAGGUUGAGAGCUACACCACCCUCAUCAAACCCAAAGACUUGUCCGUAGUCGCACUGAAAUCUACCAGAACUGAUGGAAUAACUCGUAAAGCUGUUGAAAAUGCACCAUCUUUUGAAGAUGUUGCAGACAGAAUAUUCGGUAUCUUAAACGGAAGGGUGUGGGCGGGCCAUAACAUCCAGAGAUUUGACUGUCUCCGAAUCAAAGAGGCCUUUGAAUAUAUCAACAGGCCACCACCUUUACCUGUUGGAAUCAUUGAUUCUUUGAGGCUCCUAACUCAGAAGUUUGGAAGAAGAGCUGGUAAUAUGAAGAUGGCAUCACUAGCUUCUUAUUUUGGUAUGGGCCAACAAAAACACAGGAGCCUAGAUGAUGUUCGCAUGAACUUGGAGGUGGUUAAGCACUGUGCAACGGUGUUGUUUCUGGAAUCUAGUCUACCAAACAUGUUUGAAAGCAAAUGGUAUGAAUCACCCAGCAUUAUGACGCGAAGCAGAAGCAAUGGGAAAUCACCCUGCAAGGAAGAGACUAGUAGAAAAUCUCCCCCUAGUACACUAGGGAAUCGGAGGACUGUGCCCUAUGCUAGGGGAAGUUUGGGAAAGGUGACCGAAAGAGUGAAGGGCUUGUUGUGUAAAGCACAAGGGCAACCACCACUUCAACAACUUCUCAAGCAUUCUCAUUCAUUACUACGGUGAAGAAAGUGGCAUCAUGGAAGAGAAGAGAGAAGAAGGCCUCACGUUUUGGUUUUGUUGAGUUGGCGUAUAUUGAAAGGAAGAUGUGCAUGAACAAGAUGCCAGAAUGUUUUUCUGGAUUCUGAAGAAACCAAGGGGCAGCCCUAAUUCAUUUGUGUAGAACUCAAUUAAUUGUUUGAGUUGUGUAUAAUUCAUUCAUUCUUUUCAUAUUUCUAGAAUGAAAGAUGAUCAUUAACAACACAGUAUCUGUAAAUGAAAUAAAAAUGAAUAUUAAUUAACAUCAAUG